AUGCGAAGUGACCCCCGCAUACUAACAUUUUUUGCACGUGGUGGCUCUCUAGCUGCAGAAUUCUCCAGACGCAAGGAGGGCUUGAUCGAAACUGUACAAAUCUAUACUGCCGUUCGCUCGGAAGAACAGGCCAAAAGCCUAUCGAGGCUAAAUGUUCAACUUCGUAAAGUCGAAAUAAUUGUCCACACAGCAACGUCGGUUGACAGGGAUGUCCUCAAAAACCUCAUUGAUGUGUUAGGAGUGUGCCAAAAAGCCAUCCGGAAAGAAUGCUAUUUUGUGCAUAUGGAUACAUUUGUCGUGGAGCAGUUGAAAGCAGCAAACCUAACUGGGUUUAUAAUCAUGCCUCCAACUCUUCAUGGAAGAGGCGGUGGGACAUGGAAUCAGCUCCCACCACAAAUACCAGCCCUGGUCAAAGCUAACAUCCAAUGCAAGCAUGUUUAUAAGUUUACAGAGAACAGGUCGAGUCAAUUCCCAGGCAAGAGAAUUUGCCAUCCGGCGAGCAGGGCUACUAUUUUCCAGUAUCUCAUACUAUGCCCUGGUGAGAGAUCCUGGAACAGCUGGCCGCGAAACUGUACGCCCGAGGCUUUGUACAGCACCCUCCAAGCAAGUUGGACUUCCGAUGAGAUGGUAGCAGAAGCUGUGGGAGUUCCGGUGAAGUUUGCCGCCAGCAUGUGGAACUAUGAGUAA